AUGAGGGAACGAACACUCAACACCCCAUUAUCCGAGCGAAUACUUGGGCGUCAUUCUUCCUCCACGUUCAACCGAACGCCAGUCGCUACAACAACGGCGACGACGCCCGCUACCAACAGCAAUCCGACAACAGGCAUCGUUAUGAGACCAACAGAAGCGCAGCUACGUUGGGCGCAGUUCCAUCACAAGCGGCAGGCGGAGCAGGUACGAAUUCGGACGCAACAGCUGUGGCAGAGGCCGGAAACCGUUUCGGAUGUGUCCGACGCUCUCCCAGAGGACGGCGCCAGCAGCACCAGUGACAGUGGUGUGCACAUGGUCGAUAACGACAGAACGUUGGGGAUAGAAGCGCCAGUGUCUUGCCGUGAAGCACAGAAACCAUGUAUCUCUAGGGGGCGUCGAGCUUUGCUUCGCGUAUCCCGUCGACGCUGGCGAGAACGAAAAAAUCGUAUUUUGAAAGAGGGUUUCCGCUCGGGUAUCAACGAUAAUGACGAAGACGAUGACCAAGCGAGCGAAAGUUCGAAUGACGCAUUGGCGUCGAUUUUUGCGGAAAGGUCUGUUUGGCAUAAAUCUCGUAAACGUCGCCGCCGCCGUCGACAAUCUACUGCCCAAAAGGCGCCGCAUGAUUCGGGACGAUCGCGACGUUUCGAAGAAGCCUUCAACGCCAUGAUGCGAAAUCUCGCCGCACUCCGACCAGACGAAUCAUAUCAUGACAUCGUGACACCAGAAAGGGUUUGGACACGUCCCGAACACCUACCACAGAUGGAAACCAUUGAUGGACGUGAUUAUACUGACUUGAAGUGGGGUAUUAUCAAAUCUUUGCCAAAGCCAAAUCCUAAUCGGAAUUCCUCGGCAACCUCACACCACCCGUUGGAUCGCGGAGCCUCGUGGUUGGUGCAUAUGCCAUCAAGCAUUAGCAAACGUGACUCAUACGCCUCCCGCUUUGCCUCCACUCCGUUCAUUUCCAAAUCCACUUGGAAGAACACGUCUCCCGAGCACAGUGACGAAGAAUGUCUCGGUGAGGAAGAUCGACGUUCACAAAUUUCGGAUAGCUUACAACAGAUUUUGCGAUCGCCGAUGCAAGGAAAGCUCAGCAGUAUAGUCGCUGUCUUACAACAGAAAUUGGUAAAUACGGCUACUUCCGAGCAGACAGCUCGGCCACGGACACCACCCACUAUGAAAUUGUCCCCAUACUUGACAGUGUCAACGCAAACUGUUGGGGAUGCUAGUGAUUAUCCCAAAGGGGCCGGUAGUGGGGGGCCGAAAAGCUUGGAUGUCGACUUCGCCCACGUUGAGCUUGGAGCUGAUCAUGUUACAGAUCAGAAACGUAUGCAAGGAUUCCAGCAGCUGGCAAAUCCGCCACCGUCGUCACCCUCCCGCAAAACAAUUGAAGCCAUUCUACAAACGCUCGAUCCAUAUCUGAAGGAAGAAUUAGAAUCUCAAGAAGUGGGCACUUGCGAGCAUUUGUUGUCACGAUUUUUGGACGAGGUAGGAUUUGAUCCGGACAUCGACGACGUUGGCGAAAUGGAGAAGACCAAAGCAUAUUUGGAAAUUUUCGCUCGGCGAUUUUUGGUGCAAGCGCGUAGCUUUCCAAAGGAGCCGCAACAAAGCUCUACAAAAGUUCAACGUAGUGGCGGAUUAGUGCAACGGUUGGUUUCUCUAAUGGAGCAAGACCUGGCUUUGAAUAGGAAUACUGGAUUGAUUUCAGCUGACGGUAAGUUGCACAAGCCGACCUUUGCGCGACUUAUGCUCAAAUACCUGGAGCAAAUAUACAGUCCUUCUCCGACAGCUUCCUUUCGACCAACGAUGACUCGACAGCGACGUUCCGCGAGAGAAACUUUGUUGACUGCGGUGACGGAUACUGCCUACGAUUUUUUACCCAAGGACGGAAUUUUUGAUACGUUUGCAUUUGAGCACAUUGUGACACGUUAUCUUGCUGAAGCGACUGGGACCCCCGAAGAAGUAGUCUUGGGAGCGCAGGACCUUCAAUCUUUGUCGCAGAGGGUACCAAUUUUCCCGAAAGCUUCUGCUAACCUCGUCGAACGCAUGGUUGCCGCCUUUGAAGGAAUCGAUAUAAACGAAAAACUGACGUCUGAUGAUGGUAAGCUCAACACGGCAUUCUUUGAAAGUAUGAUGAGAAAACUUUUGUCAAACGAAGUGUCAAAGUUAAGCAAAGGACGACGGAACGCUGCUUUAGACACUGCCUUUUCUCUAAAGAUAAGUGGGAACUAUUCGCAGACUGGGCAUGAUAGUCAGCCGAAGGAAAUGGACGUAUCAGGAAAGUACACUCUCCCUUCCGUAGAGGCAAGGCUAAGCUCUAUGACAAUUAAGCGUUCUAACGGGCAUAUUGAUAAGUUGGUCUUACGGGCUAUGAUAGCCCGGUACUUAUCAGCAGUAUGCAACUUGCCGGAGAAUGUUGUUCUUGAAGCAGAAAGUGUACAUACGGAGAUGGACAGAGAAUUUUCGGUGAUCGAUAAUUCCAAAAAUAAGGAAGCGGGAUCAUCAAUGAUAUCAAAUGACUUCGCAAAACGCUUAGUCGAUCAAAUUAAACAGUCCUCAGAAGCUGAGCAACUUGUUUUGGCUAAUGGAGAUCUCAACAAGGCAGUAUUCGAAAUGCUCAUGGCCAGAUACCUGGGUCAGUGUAUUCGGAGGGAGCCUGAAUUCUUUUGCGCUGCCGAAAGCCCUCUAGCGCUGGCCGAGGCGCGAAGGCAUGCUGGGACGCGUAAAUAUCGUCAGAGAGAGGGCGAGUCAGAAGGUGGCAACCACGGUAUUCCAAUGACGUCGUGUAUCACCCAAAGUGUUAUCGUCGCCAUAGAACGAGAAUUGGAGACAACGCCUAUCGUUACUGCUCAAGGCAAGGUCGACUUUGCGACGCUUGAAAUUUUACUGGCACCGACUUUAUCGAGGGCCUUGGCAAGUAACGCUGGUGUCACAGAGAGGCGACAUUUUCUAAGUUGGCUCGACAGUGGCACUUUCGUUAAGAAUAUUGUGCAGGUGAUUAGCAAUUUGUCGAACGAAGUUGAUCUGACUGAAAUUAACGACGUCCGCACACACGAGUUGCUACGGACUACACUUGUCGAGCUGUACCAAGAAAAUCAUCCUAAGAAUACUUCGGCAUACCGAAAUGUUGUAACGCACGAGGCUACAGGUGUUGCCAUUGAAAAGCAUGCCCAUGAGGUUGCACAUGAUAUAUCAAAAUACCUCUUGAAUGCAGGUGGGAACCAAAUGAUGACUAAUAGCGCUGGCAAACUUGAUGUACCAGUAUACGAAGCUUUGCUCUGGCGUUUUAUUGAAGAGCAAGAGUCGAUAGGAAUGGGUAUCAACACAGAUAAUAGCACACCCACCAUUAUUCUCCCAAUAAAGUCGGAAAGUCUGGACGAAACAUCUCCAAAGACUGAAUCAACAACAGAGGACCCUGUGCGGACAGAACAUAUUGGCACUCGCUAUGGUGGCUCCCAUCCUAUUGUUAGAGGAAAUGUGGUUUCUGAGCUUAUCCAUGAUCUACCUACGAUUCAGAAAGAGAUUAAGUCAAAUGAUACCUAUCCCGAUGAUUUUGACCUACUGAAGAGCUCUGCCAAUAGUGGAGUAGGCCAAUUCCUGCAGAGUUUGAGCAAGCGAGUAGGCGAGGACACUGCUAAGUCUAGACAACACAAAAUUGGUGCGGUUGCAGCAUUUCGAAAAACGCGCGAGCAGCGCGUCGCUGAAGAUGACAAAUCUUCGAAAUCCACGUUCCGUAUCCUGCCCGAUGGAAUCAAGCGAGUUGUUCAGAAGUUCCGAGGUGCUUCUGAUUUGCCGCAACUAUACAUCGACGGCGAUGCGGGAGGUAAACCGACCGAAUCAGCAUCUAUGGACGCGGCUUCCUUGUCAGCUCACAGUCGAGCAUCUGACGAACGGUCCGGUGUGUCUCAAUUUCUUUCUGAAAAUGUGAAAAAUCUGACGUCUGCUUUGAUUUUCGAUCGGGAAGCCGGAGGAUCAGUUAUCGAUACCGACGAUGCGAGUACUCAAGCCAGCGAUAUCGGCAAUGAUUCAAAGGCGAUUGCAAAUCUGCUACUGUCCCCGACUCUUUUGACCAAACGACACCAACAAGCUAUUCGUGCGAUUGAGAAUCGGACUUGGGAGCAGGUCGAGUAUCUCCUGAGUGCAAAUCCCUGGUUGGCGGAAAUGACUGAUUUGAAAACAAACCAGUGCCUUCUUCACAAACUGGCACUUUUUGGUGCCGGAGAAGGUCGCAUCAAUAAGACAACAGGGGAGAUGGUUGUGAUUCGGUACCCGAGUGCUCCGGAAGUCCUCAACGUUGAUCUUGUAGAAUUGUUUCCAUCCUCAGUGCACAAAUUUGAUGUGGAUGGAAAUCUUCCACUUCACAUGGCUGCAGCUUCAGCAAAUAUUGCCAUGAUAAACCUACUUGGAGAUAGAUUCCCCAGUGGUGCAUCCGUCAGAAACGAGGAUGGGAUGUUGCCUCUUCAUCUUGCGAUCCAGGCAUGUGCCUCGGAAACAGGAGCCGCCAACAACGGACGAAUCUCUUCGCUAGAAAUCGUCAGGGCAGUCCUCGACUACUUUCCUGCAGCUGUUACAGUCGCGGAUAACGAAGGGAAUUUACCUAUUCACACUGCUGCUAGAGUUAUGUGCGGGCACAACGGAGCGCGCAUCGUGCAUUUACUUUUCGAAGAGGCGGAGCGGCGAUCCCUUAACCCUUCUUCUGCGGCGCCUUUCCGCAAUAAAGCACAAGAAAAGAGGACAGAGAUGAACCCGCCUGAAAGCGAAACUUCGACUCUGUCGGCAACUGAUGCGUCCCACAAUUUCGACAUUGUUGUGCAUUGUAACCUUGUUCGCAACGAAAAUGGCGAAGUGCCACUGCUUGUUGCUGUCAGGGCUGGCGCAGGAUGGGAGGUACUUGAAUCUUUGGUUUAUGGCCCUGGAGGUGACGACGCGGCACAGCAGCAGGACGAUGAUGGUAAUACGUGCCUGCAUUAUCUAGUGGGGUCUCGAUUUAUGGACUCAGCAGGAGCACUAUCUAUGCUAAAAGUUGCUCCGGACGCUGCAUCUGUCACUAAUCGAAAUGGCUUGCUUCCAAUUCAGCUGGCAUGCCAGGAGAUGGUUCCGGAAGAAGUUAUUUUAGCUCUAGCGUUAGUAGAUCUACCAUUUGAAUUGACCAACAAUCAGUCGGCUGAAACCAGAUCCGGUCGAAGCUGGUGGUUCCUGACUUGUGAACUUGACGAUCGCUACGUAAACGUGGUUGAAAGAGUUGUUCAAAUAUGUUCUUACCCUCAAAUUCGACAGUUGUGCUUUUUGGAACAACAAGAACUCGAGGGCCCACUAAUCUCUAACGCCACGCCCCUGUGUCGUCAAGUUCUUUUAAGAUCUCUGCGCUUUCUUGGGCGCUUCGAGUUUCGUGGAGAAUCCUCUGUUUUUUCGGACACAUCACAAGCACUAUCUGUUUUCGAUGCAGUUGAUUUCGGACAUGGUGUAGACUCCAUUGAAGGCGGUCGACCGGUCUUUCUGCACUGCUUUUCUCAUGAGUCGGCUUUUCUGUCGAAGAUCUCUAAUGUGGAGACCUUGAAUCUAGACUUUUCGUUAUUGGAAAAAAUUGAUGUCUUUUUCGUCGGUGAAAAUGGCGAGGAAACACUUACCGGAGAUGUGAUUCAGUACUGCAUUUCUAUCGAGCGGCCAAGCCUUUCUCUGGGCGAAGUUAUCGCAGUACAUGGAGAUGUCUCUAUUGACAAAUGCGCCAAAUACGGCGACAGCUGGAAGCUUGCUGACACCCUUGGAGUUCAACUAAUCGGUCACCAAUUUUUGCCCUCCCGUUUUUCUUCGGUUAGCCCGCCGGAAGCAAUAAAGCAAUCGGGUACACAACCGGACGACUGCGUCACUUUCGAUACCGAUUUACUCGCACAUCCAUCGAUAGAUACCUGGGGGCUAGGAAAGUUGGCAUUCGAGGCGCUUGUAGGAGAAACGAUGGUCAGUGUUGCAACACCGAGGCUUGAUGGAAUGGACGAGGGAGCUCUGAUUCGUAUCCUUAAUUGGAGUGACAGCGAUCUUCAAUCAGUGCGUGAAAAGCUAAGUGCCUCUGCAGUGCUUAAGGAAGGAAUCGAGAUGAUUCUUCAUUGCUUAUCGCACGAUCCCCUAGAUCGCCCUACAAUGGAUGGAGUACUCAGCCAUACAGUGUGGAAAAUACUCCGCCUCAGCAAAAGGCAGCAAAUGGUCAAUGAAUGUUAGUUAUUUGCGGACAGUAAUUACUAGUCAACUUUCUCUCACUCGCGAUGACAACCUGAAUCUACAGAUGUUUUAAUCAUACCUCUAGCACGCUAUUCCAAUGGUCAAAAGAUACUGCCGAAGUCCUUCAAAUCGAUGAUCGCCUUCAUGACAAUGAAUUACAACAACAACCUGAGUCAUCAGCUCUGCAACCGCGAGAUCCCACAUGUCUUUCUCCCUUGCCUCGCGGAGAACUUGAGCACAUUCGUCAGUCAAUUUCGG